UUUUUUUUUCCUCUUCUUUUUCCGACUUUAAAAUAUUAAUUUCGAGUCAAAUCUAGUUUUAACUUUAUAUAAAAAAACAUGUUUGCACUUUCAAAGCAGGUUCUCCGCACCGGACGUACUCUUAGCGUGCGCAAUUUUGCGUCCGUUCCAAUUUACAUUGGUAAUCUCAGCGAGAAGACCACGCCUGAGACCCUCCGGGAGAUCUUCGGCUCCUACGGCCACAUUGGUGGUGUCCGGAUGAACGAGGGCGUUAAGGGUUACAGGUACGCGCACAUUUACUUUACAUCCGGUGAAGCACCUCAGGUGAACGGCCAGUCGUACUAUAUGAUGGAGGCUGAGCCCACUCAGGAGGAGACUGCCUCUGUUCAGGCGGCGAUCACAAAGGCAGUGGAGGAGCGCCAGGAUCAGGUUAUUGAUGGGCAGACGGUUGUCGUGGGCUAUGCGAAGCAUAGGAGCAGACGUGGUGCUCCUGGUCCUAAUACUCCUAAUGGUGCACGUGUUGGCAGUAAUUCUGGUGAUGUUAAUGGGUUCAGUAAGGGGUUCUCUGAGGGUUAUCGCCAGGGGUUCUCAGACGCUAUGGCUAACAAGGCAUAAAACAAUUUUGUGCUGUGUUUUGUAGUAUAAAGCGAGAACCAAUAAAUACUAAGGACUACAUCCUUUUUAAAAAAAAGUUUUUUCUUGUUUCAUAUUGCAUGCGCAACUAGUCCAUAACUUGGUUGUUUUUGGUUGGCCAGAAAACUUUGAAAAAAGUAUUUUUUUGCAAACACUCACGAUCGAUUCUAAAAUA